AUGAACGCGCUCGCGGAGAUGGGCCUGCGCGAGGACUGCUUCAACGUGUUCGCCCGGAUGCGCAACAACUUGAUCAAGCCCGACACGGAGACUCUGAACUGUCUGGUGCUGGCCAGCGUCAGGGACGGCCGCACGCAGGACAUCGAUGACGUCGUGGCCCACUUCAAGAAGACCUUCAACGUCAAGCCCAACGCGCGCACGUUCGCGCAUCGCAUCUCCGAGUUCGACAAGAAGAAGGAGGGGAGGCGCGGCUCCAGCGGCAGCGCAGGAGGCAGGAAGGAGGAGGUGAAGCAGGCCAUUCAACUGCUGGAGGCGAUGAAACUCGAAAAGCCGCCCAUCCGGCCCAACCUGGAGGUCAUCAACAGCCUCAUUGCUGUCUGCGUCCGCCACUACGACAUGAAGACGGCCGGCAUUCUGUUUCGCGAUAUUGAGCGGGGCAACCUCAAGCCCGACAGACGCAGCUACGACCUCAUGCUGCGCGGUUUCGAGAUUGAAGCGGAUGCAAAGAUCAUACAAAAGAUGAUCAAGGAAAUGCAGCGGGCUCAGGUGGAACCGGACGCGAGCGCUUAUGGCCACCUUAUAGAACAGGAAGAGCGGGCGCUUCAGGCAUUCGAAGACGUCAAGGCCAACCACCCCGACGUCGCGCUCGACGCCGCCAUCUACGGGAAGGUGCUGGACGUCCUCGCCGGCAAGUGGAAAGAAGAGGACGACUACCAGAUCGACGACCUGUGGAUGGCCAACGCCACCCGGGAUGGGCGCGAGGGAGAGGUCGACGAGGACUGGGAUCGGGAAUGGACCGACGAGUGGGAGGGGGCCGGGAACGUCGAGCAGAUGGCACUCUUCGAGGAGCAGGAGGCCGAGCGGCGACGAGAGGAGAUGCGGAAGAAGGAGGAGGACCGGCUGCGAAGGGAGGCGGAGGAGAGGGAGCGCGAGGAGCGCGAGGAGGAGGAGCGCAAGCAGAAGGAGCGGGAGGAGCGGGAGAUGAGCGAGAUGGAGAAGCAGAGACGGAGGGAGGCCAACGCGCAAUACGUCGACAAGGCGUUCGCGCUGCUCGAGGACAUGAGCCGUGGGCGCAACAUCGAUCCGGACUACGCCACCUUCUUCAAGCUCAUGAGCCUGUGCCUGAAGCGAGAUAACACCACGCGCGCCCUGCAGGUGUUUGAUCUGUUCAAGCGGGAGGCGGAGAGGCACAAGCAACAUAGGGACGAGGCACAGUGGACUGGUAUGGAGAUGCAGAGCGUGGCCAAGUUGCUUGCGCUCAAGUUCGUGCGCGGCUGCGAGAAGAACCGGGACAUGCAGGCGCUCGAGACUUUCCUGACCAAGCAUCCUCACUACAUUGUGCCCGGCGACAUCUACUCGGCCGUGGUCAAGGCCAUCGCCAACGCCUACGUCCCGCCUCUGCGGAAGCCCACCGAGACCGACGAAGAGCGCGGGUGGAUCGAUUCGCUCGAGAGCGGCGACCACCCUAGCACCCGAGACGGAGGAGGCGUGGCGGAGAAGGGGGAGAACAAGCGACAGCAGCAGGGAGAGAAAGGGGACUGGCUGUACACGCAGGCGUGGGCGCUGUUCCACGAGAUGCCGCGACACGGCAUCGCGCGGAGCAAGGACGUGUACGAUGCCAUGAUCGAGCUGGCCUGCAAGCGCGCCAGCAUCAAGCGAGCCCUGGCCCUCUUCAGGGAAAUGCAGCACGAGGCCGAACGAGAGCAACGAGAGUCGGGGAAGACAACGCUAAAACCAGGGCUGCGCACGUACCGAAGCCUGAUCGUGCAUUGCUUGAACAACAACUACUUCAACAAGGAGGAGGAGUACAACUACCGAAACGACAUCAACCACCCGCUCACCCAGCGAGCCUUUCAGCUGUUCGAGGAGAUGGAAGACGCGCGCAUCAAGCCCGACCUGAAGGUCAUCAACGCAAUGCUUGGCUGCUGCGCGCGAGUCGAAGACAAAGCCAACGGCCUCAAGCUCCUCGGCCUGCUGGUCCGUUCGAACCUCGUGGCCGAUGACCAAACCCUCAAGUUCAAAGACCGCAUACAGAAGCUGUGA